AUGUCAGAUGGAUCAGGACCUACACCCAAACCAGUGUUUACAUACAAAUCGAGACGAACCGGACUUGUUGCGUUAAAAAAGGGCAUGACUUCGAUUUUCGAUGAGUGGGGUCAGAUGGUUCCUGUUACUGUUUUAGAGGUAUCAAAUUGUCAGGUUAUUCGUACCCGAUUUCAUGCUGGAUCGGGUAAACAUAUGGUCGAGGUUGGAGCAGUUUCUCAGCGUCGUUCUUAUCGUCUUCAUCGGGCUCAAUUGUUUCAUUUCCGUAAAUAUCAAGUAUCACCUAAAAAGAAAAUCACAGAGUUUGACGUCACACCUGAUGCUUGCAUUCCUUCAGGUGUGAGACUGUUUGCAUCUCAUUUUGUUGCUGGACAGUAUGUUGAUGUGCAAGGAAAGACUAUGGGCAAGGGAUUUCAAGGUGUAAUGAAACGCUGGGGUUUUGGUGGUCAACCUGCUUCACAUGGUGUUUCUAUUUCACAUCGAUCCCUAGGUUCAAUUGGUCAAUGUCAAGAUCCUGGCAAGGUUUGGAAAGGAAAGAAAAUGCCUGGUCGUAUGGGUGGUGUUAAUCGUACUACACAAAAUCUCAAGGUCAUCAAGAUUGAUAACCAAUACAAUCUCAUCUAUGUUAAAGGCGGUGUUCCAGGUCCAGAGAAUGGAUACCUUCGUGUCACGGAUUCGAUCAAGAAGGGAUGGUUUAAAAAAACGUUUCCUGAAAAUGCCAUUGUACCAUUCCCCACAUACCUUGGUGAUGUCACUACACUUCCUCGCGAAUCAAUUGCUCCUGCACCAUCCGUAGGCACACGAGAUCCAUUCUCCAAGCAGCGUCGUGAACGAGACGCAUAG